CUCCCUCGCACCUCCGGAGCCGACCACACAAGAUACAGCCGAACCCAGCCAUUGCAUUCGCGCAUACUGGUACGCAUACGCGCGCCAUUACCAUUGCGCCGCGCUCUUCCGAAAUCCCGGCCUCCUCAUCCCCUUUCCGGUGCCUCCCGUUCGCAAGGGAUCACUGUAGGCGCGAUCGGUUCGUUGAUGGUCAUCUAAAUUCAGGAGAUUGCUUCGCCGAACAAGGGAAGGGAGGAGCCGCCGAAGAACACGCGGCCGCGUUUCAGGUAGGUAGCGAAACGCCAAGAUGGUUAAUUUUGGGAAGGUACUGGUGUCGGAUCAAUUGGAGGAGUGGAAAGAAUACUAUAUUAAUUACAAAAUGAUGAAGAAAAAGGUAAAACAGUAUGUUCAGCAGACUCAAAGUGGUGGAAGAAAUCAUGAACAGGUUCUUAAAGAGUUCUCGAGGAUGCUUGAUGAGCAGAUUGAAAAGGUUGUGCUCUUUCUACUGAAACAGCAAGGUCAUCUUGCUAGCAGGAUCGAGAAAUUGGGACAACAGCGUGCCAUACUUACAGAACAUUGCGAUAUAUCACAAGUUUCUCAAGUGCGAGAGGCUUAUAGGCAAGUUGGACUUGAUCUUGUGAAGCUCCUUAGAUUUGUUGAUAUGAAUGCUACUGGCAUCCGGAAGAUUCUUAAGAAGUUCGAUAAGCGCUUCGGCUAUCGAUUUACAGAUUAUUAUGUCUCAACUCGUGCAAAUCAUCCUUAUUCUCAGCUUCAACCGAUCUUCAAGCAAGUGGGUAUCGUAGCUGUUGCUGGUGCUUUGACGCGUAACCUUGCAUCUCUGCAAGAUCACCAGGGAAGCUUUAUAUCCAUCUAUGAUCAUCCAUCAAUCACCCUGAAGGACCCUGUCAUCGAACAAAUAAAUAAUUCAGUACAGAAACUCACGAACAGCACAACCUUCCUGAAAUUCCUAGGACAGCACGCACUGAUUGUUCCAGAAGACGUGCAAACUAGCUCAGAGGAUCUUGUCGAUGACCAGAGCUACCAUUUCAUGUCGCUGAUGCUCAACCUAGUGAACACAUUCCUCUACAUGGUGAACACAUAUAUCAUUGUGCCUACUGCAGAUGACUAUUCGGUGAGCCUUGGUGCUGCGGCGACUGUUUGCGGUGUGAUUAUCGGGUCGAUGGCAGUUGCCCAAGUGUUCUCUUCAGUUUAUUUUAGUGCCUGGUCCAACAAGUCGUACUUUAGACCCCUCGUAUUCAGCAGCAUCAUGCUGUUUUCCGGGAAUCUGCUGUACGCGUUGGCGUAUGAUCUGAAUUCCUUAACUGUUCUCAUAGUUGGCCGGCUGCUCUGCGGGUUGGGUUCUGCCAGAGCCGUGAACCGUCGGUAUAUCAGCGACUGUGUGCCUCUCAAAAUCCGGCUGAAAGCCUCCGCAGGAUUCGUCAGUGCUAGUGCACUUGGAAUGGCAUGCGGUCCUGCGCUGGCUGGCUUGCUGCAGACUGAAUUCAAGAUCUAUGAAGUAACUUUUAAUCAGAACACCUUGCCAGGGUGGAUCAUGUGCUUUGCUUGGGUUGCGAAUUUGGUUUGGCUAUGGAUUUCAUUCAAAGAGCCAGAUCACUUUGCUCAAGAGAAUGCUCUCAGCACACAGUCAUCUGAAUCUGGCCAUGGACGAAGUGAUAAUUUGGAGAGCGGUUUAGCACAGCCUUUGCUCACAGAGGCAAAGGAGAGGCGGAAUGAAAACGCAGAGGAUAACGGCGACAAUGAAGAAGGCCGUAAAGAGAGUCAUAAACCAGCAACAUCGAUUGCUGCAGCAUACAGAUUGCUCACGCCAUCCGUGAAGGUUCAGUUAUUGAUCUACUUCAUGCUCAAGUUUGCAAUGGAGAUUCUACUCUCCGAAUCUAGUGUCGUCACUACGUUCUAUUUUAACUGGUCCACGAGCACCGUGGCCAUCUUUCUAGCUGUUCUCGGGCUGACGGUUCUUCCGGUUAAUGUCAUUGUUGGAAGCUAUAUCACCAACCUGUUUCAGGACAGGCAAAUCUUGGUGGCGUCUGAGAUCAUGGUCCUGAUCGGCAUCGCCUCGAGCUUCCACUUCAGCUCCAGCUACUGCGUCGCACAGUACGUCGUGUCGGCCCUCAUCACGUUUGUAUUCGCCGAGGUUCUUGAAGGGGUCAACCUGUCCCUCCUCUCCCGGGUGAUGUCGUCGAGGCUCUCCCGGGGCACCUACAACGGCGGGCUCCUCUCGACGGAGGCCGGGACGCUGGCCCGCGUCGCCGCGGACAUGACGAUCACCGCCGCGGGGUACCUGGGGCAGAGCCAGCUCCUGAACGCCACCCUGCUCCCGUCCCUGGUCAUCUGCGUAGCCUCCAUCGCCGCGACGUUCGGCACUUACAACACCCUGUACUGACAAACGGCGCCCCACGAUGCACUUGAAGCUAAGCAUGGACCAAUAUGCGCGGCGAGGCCAAGCUGCUAGUCGAAGCUUUGUGGCGUCGCUGUAAAUGUUAGGCCCUCGCUGCCAGUGCGAGGUGCUGCGUUUGUGGUGUACCGUGUAUGGAAGCUUGUGGUAUCAAACUAGCAAAUGUUGUAGCAGACACACGGUUCUAAUAAAGCCGUACUGAUCCAUCCAA